AUGAACACCUUUCAGGCAUGGGAGCCAGAGACGUUUGCGGCACUCAACGAAGGCAAAGUCUUAAAUGGGCUCCCACCAGUGCUUGCAGUUGGUCCAUUGGAACCAUAUGAGUAUGGGCAAGGACCUUGGCUUUCAUGGGUAGACGCCCAACCUUCAUGGUCAGUGAUGUAUGUAAGCUUCGGGAGAAGAACGGUUUUAUCCAAGGAUCAAAAUCAGAGAGUUGGGUGGUGGUUUGGAGAAGAGCGGGUGCAGACGUUGGUGGAUUCGUCAGUCACUGUGGAUUCGAACUCAGCGACUGAAGCGGCGUGGCAUGGAGUGCCGGUCUUGGCUUGGCCACAGCAUGGUGACCAAAAGCUUAAUGCUUCCGUGGCGGAGAGUAAUGGGUUGGGGUCUUGGGAGGAGAGUUGGGAAUGGGGUGGUGAGGAGGUGAAGGGGGAAGAGAUUGUAAAGCGAAUUAGGGAAUGA